UUAUUCACCCUCUUACCACUACCACCACCAAGUGCGAUCAUCUUCUAUUCAUCUAACACACCACACACACAUACCAUAAACUAUAAUGUCUGGACGCGGCAAAGGUGGAAAGGGUCUCGGAAAGGGCGGUGCCAAGCGUCACCGCAAGAUUUUGCGUGACAACAUUCAGGGUAUUACCAAGCCCGCUAUUCGUCGUCUUGCCCGCCGUGGAGGUGUGAAGCGUAUCUCGGGCCUCAUCUAUGAAGAGACUCGUGGUGUUUUGAAGAUCUUCCUUGAGAACGUUAUUCGUGACUCGGUUACAUACACUGAGCACGCCAAAAGGAAAACCGUGACGGCGCUUGACGUUGUGUAUGCUCUUAAGCGCUCCGGUCGCACGCUCUAUGGCUUUGGGGCAUAAGCCUUUUAUAUUUAUUCUUACUUGUGCAGUUUCGAUUUGUUGAGCGGGAGUUACCAGCUGGUGGUGAUCAACGAUAGCGCUCGUUUCUGGUGUAGGAUUUGCGUGAUAUGUUACUGCAGUUCAAUGUUACUCACUAGGUCUACAAUAUGAUGUACACUAUUCUUGUCACAGAAGCACUCAUGCCAUGUAUUUGACAGUGACCAGAAGUAUGCAAACUAACUGGUGGAGUGUAC